CUUGAUCACGCCUUGCAGCUGUUAACGGGGGUUGGGGUGAAGUACUUCAAAUCGGUUCAUGAUUUUUAUUUUUUUUCAAGAAUAAUUUGAGUCUGUUUCAGAGCAUUUGCUGGUCUAUCCAACUGGACUUCAAGAAUGGCAGCGCAGGCUCAUGCAAUUGAUUAUGAUCCAGGUAUUUUUUAUGUGGAUUUAAAUCUAAAUAACUUGCUCGUUCUUUAGUCUGUCUUACUGAACUUUCUCUCACUCUCUUACUUACUCUUACACUAAGACUUGGAGUUGGAAGUUACUACCGGCACUUCUGGUCCGGGUAGCCCUAAUGACUAAUGAGGCUUAUGUUAAUUCUUAAUUAUUUCUUACUCAUCCGAUGCGUUGCAUAGUACUUGCAUAGUGUUUAUUAUUCAUACUCAUAGUCUUUUUGGCCUUAGCCUUAGGCUUAGGCUAACUUGCCUUGGGCUUAGGCAUUUUUUAACUUUAGCAUACUAAAACUUGUAAAACUAAAAACUUGAUUGAUUAUUACUGAUUACUAUUACUUGCUUGAUUAGUUGAUUUGAAACAUAUUCGCUGGGUAUGAAAAUUAUAUAAUCCUACUUUAUAGUUUAAUUUAAGUUAUAAUUAUAGGACAUAGGCUAGUUAUUAUAACUGUAGGCCUAAUUGUUAUAAGUAGGCCUAGGAGCAGAAAAAAAAAUGUUGGAAGACUAUGAAUCUAUGUAAUGCUGAAGACAUCCCAAAUAAUAUUCAGGCCUGGGCCUGUAUCACUAUAUUAAAUAAUAUAAUUUUUUUUUUUUUAGUAGAGUAUAAGUAUAAUUCAAUUUGGGUUGUGGGGGGAGGGGGAUUUUUAAUAAAAUUAAUAUAAUCCUAAUGUCUAAUGUUCCUAGCUAGUUGUCUUGUAGUACCUUCCAAAAUCUAAGGCCUAACUACACCUUGAUAACUUUUAAAAUUUAACGGCAGUUGACUGAGACUGAUAAAGUUUUUAAAAUUUAUUUACCUAUGACAGCCUAUGAGUAUGAGCACUUUGGCUAAAAAUAUGAAUAUGAUUUCAUUGAUAUAAUAUAAAUUCUGGACUAAUUCUGGUUUAGUUUUAAAAAAGUUAAGAGGAGAACAACUUAAGUUUACAAGUGUUAAUUCAAUAAUCUAUUAGUAUCAGGCCUAGUCACCAAAUAAAAUUCUAAACAUGUGUUGUGCAAAUUUAAAAGUUCUUAAAAAUAAAACUCAGAGAAAGCUGAAAGGGCAAUGAAACUAGCUACAUUCAAAGCUAUAGUAAAGAUGUGGUGAUCUGCAGUGUUAGAAUGCAUUUUUCAGAUUUUAAUCUUUGGGUUAGGAAAAAUUUCUGCUAUCGGCAUAAAAAAGCUGUCAAGUGUAAGUCUAAUAUGGGAUUUGACUCAUAGACUUUGCUUCAGGAAAAGGGAUGACAGUUAGCAGCAGCGAUUUUCCACACAAAAAUAUAUAUAAAGUUACUUGGAACUCAUCAGAUGGAAUCACUCAUAACCAAAUUGACCAUGUUCUAACCGAAUAGAGGCAUUAAUCAGACAUACUAGGCAUAAGAAGCUAUUGAGGAGCAGAUGCAGACUCUGAAAAUCUACUUGUAUUAACUUGUAAAGGUUAAAUAUAAACAGAGAAUAAGCAUAAUACACAAUGGCUGAAAUGAUAGAGAAAAACAAAACAAAAACUUAACGAAGACCCACUUACCACAAAAUCUUACCAAAAUAAAGACAAACAUAUAACAUUAAACAACUCAAAAGGCAAAAUCAAGUUCUGGGUGAAUAUUCAAGGGAAUUUUCAGAUAAGAAGAUCUCUAAGACAAGGAGAUUUAACUGUCUUGCAUGUAAUUUGUAAGACACUUGCUUUUUGACACCAAGGAACAAACAUAGGACACUUUCCGAGGGAAACCCAAAACCCACAACCAAUAGGCACUCUCUACACCCCUUUAUAGUAUCUUGCAUAUGCUGGUGACCUAGCAUUGUUAGGGGAAAGUAGUAAAGAUAUAUAAAAAGCUUUUAUUGAAAUAAGGGGUCAUCCGCAAAUUAUGUUCACACUCAGGGGAGGAGGGCGGUCAGAAUUUGUGACGGGGGGAGGGGGUGUCAAAAAUUUGUGACAUAAAAUAAUUUUUUCAUUUUUUUUUUCUAAUUUUGAAAAAUCUUUAUUCAAUUGAUUUUAAAAACAUUAAUUUAAGGUCAAAAUUGCCUCUGACAUUGUAGGUACCUUGAAACUCAGUCGCGCACACCUUCUGCACAUAUUGAAAAAUGAUGCAAAAACUGUUGGGGUCAUUUUACAUUCAGCUCGGAGGGGGGUGUGCACGGACGGACAACGACUUCGUUGUAUUACGUCACAGUUAUCUAAGAAUACUACAUCUUAUUACAUUAGGGGUAAAUGUUAAUGGAAAAAUAAAAUCUUAGUUCAGUUAUGAAAAUUGUAUGUAUGGUUUGAAUUUUUUUAGAUGUGACGUGACACUAAAUUGGAGGGGGGGGGGCUAAAGGAUUAUUGGCAGGGGGGAGGGGGUCUCAAAAGGUCAUUUUUUCCGUGACGUAAUUUGCGAAUGACCCCUAAGAAGAUGCUCAUCUACUAACAAGACUGGAAGAAGACAACAAAAAAAACAAAAAUACAUGACUGUUAAGAGAACAGACAGAUGCAAAUUAGAAACCACAUUUUUGAAAAAGUAAUUCAAUUCAAAUAUCUAGGAUCCUUAAUAAAUGAAAGAAAUGAAUUACUAACAGAAAUAAAAGAAACAAAUAGUAACAGGAAACAGGAGAUUGCUUCAGUAGUCACAAAAUACUCAAAAGUACAAAAAUGUACAAGAAAACCAAAGAAAAAUAAAUAUAACACUAUAAUCAUAAACCAAAGAAAAAUAAAUAUAACACUAUAAUCAUAGCAGUUGUAACAUAUGCAAGUUAAACUUGGACCAUAAUAAAAGUGGCAGAAACCUACUCAAAAGGCAAAAUCAAAUUCUGGGUGAAUAUUCAAGGGAAUUUCAGAUAAGACGAGGCCUAAGACAAUGAGAUUUAACUGUCUUGCAUGUUAUUUGUAAGACACUUGCUUAUUGACACCAAGGAACAAACAUAGGACACUUUCGGAGGGAAACCCAAAACCCACAACCAAUAGGCACUCUCUACACCCCUUUAUACUAGUAUCUUGCAUUCUCUGGAAAAUAUGCAGUCCAUCAAAUGAUGAAAAUGGAUGGAGAGUAUGAACCGAAAAUGAAUUGACUAUCAAGAUCUCACGCUAGUAGCAGAAAUAAGAAAGGGCAGUAAGGGCUGGGCAGGAGACUUAGAAAGAAUGCCAAAUAGAGGAGUGAAGAGGGUGUACCACCAAAAUGGCAGAGGAAAACGGCUCAAAGGCAGACCUAGGCUAAGAGCGACAGACGGUGUUGAAAAAAAUGUUCAACAGCUGGGAAUCCAAGCAUGGAAAAGAAAAGCAUCAGUUAGGUCUGAGUGGAAGGAAGUGGUGAGGCAGACCAAAGCUUCACAUGGGCAUUAGCGCACAGAGAUGGAUGUAAGACUAAUAAAAAAUGUGCAGUUUUGAAAUUAGACAAAAACAACCUCUUUAUAAUUAAAUUUUAAUAAAAUCUUCUAAUCAUUGCAAAAUAUACCAUAUCCCACUGCAUGACACCAGUAUCCAUAAUCUAGAAUUUAUUUCUUCACAUUCUGAUAUUACAUUUUAAAAAAAUGGUAAUACACGAGGUUGUUCUUGUUGGGAUUUCUGUUGUCCCAAUGGGUAUAUCAAAGAAAACUGUUAUAAUAGGUCGUUUAAAAAAAAGGUGCUUCUAACUACAUGCAUGUCAUUACGUGCAUGUCAUUUGUCACAUGAGAUUUCUUUUUUGUCAAUAAUCGAUAAGUUUUAUUUUUGUUUAAUUAAUAAGAAACAAAUUUCUUUUGUUUACAAAUAGUUUACUAUCCAGUCCUAUAAUAAUUUUUUACUGUUAGUAAGUAAAAAAUGUAAACAUGAGCUUACAAUAUUAAUUACAUAAAGUUAAUAAGAUUCUCACUUUUUCCCCCAGAAAGAAACUAUGAUGAAGACACUCUGGCUCAACAAAGAGAAAUAGAAAAGGAGGUACAAUAAAUCUGAUGUGAUCAUUUAUAAAUAACCAGUCUGGUUUGCACUGACUUACAAAUGUUGAAGUUAGCAAAGGGUCUCCUUUUUAAGCCUUUAUAUUUUUAGGCAGUAAGUUUAAGCACACAUGAGGCCUGAAGAGUAUCAAUACUGGUUGUAAUCUUUGAUCCUAAACAGUAGACAAGUUCAUUGCCUCUGUUCAGCAUAACACACAAAAAAAGAAAAUGUGCAUAUUUUUCAAAUGUUCCAAUGUGUUGCUUAUUUCAAAAUAUGCUAGAGAGUACUGAAUUUGGUCUGUGCUAAUUAUGACUGAAAUAGUUGUUUUGAUAAGAUUGCAGAAUCUCAGCCCUUGAUUAGCAGUCUCUUCACUUUUGAUGACAUUGUUGAGGAGUAUACAAGAGAAGACGAGGUGUACAGGCACAAAAUUGAGGUAAAUUCAGACAUACUUGUACAUAAUUUGACCAUUGAUAAGGUGUAAACUAAGGCUGUAAGUGCAGCAAUUUUCAGCUUGAAAUGCAAUAGAAAUGAAAUAAAAUUUGUGUUGUUCAUCGUAUAAAAUCUUUCAGUCAUAAAUUGCAAGUUGAGAAAAUGGCAUAUAAAAAAAUUGGCCUUAAUAAUAAUUUCCAUUUAUUAGGAGCCCUAUGAGACAGCCACUAACAUCCAUUUAUUAGGAGCCUUAUAAGAUAGCCACUGAUAUCCAUUUAUUAGGAGCCUUAUAACACAGACACUAAUAUCCAUUUAUUAGCAGCCUUAUAAGACUGCCAAUUUGUUAUAUAAAUUGUGCUAUUAUCUUUUUCCUUGUCUAGAAUUUAAAAACUCGCUAUGCAAAUCUGAGAAAGACUAGAGGAGAUGGUAAUUGUUUUUUCCGGGCAUUUGGCUUUGGUUAUCUGGAGACCUUGCUUUCAAACCCAACAGAUUACCAGAGGUAGGUUAAUAAAUCAUCUUCAUAAGAGAGGAAGCAAAUUCAUUUUUGCAACCCAUCAAAUUAUUUUGCCAACAGGAAUAUCUCAAUACAUCUGUACAUAAUGCUCACACACUGAUGAAGAGGAGAAGAAAUAAAUCACUGAAGUAUCCCUAGUUGAAAUAUAGUUUCUAGAAAGUUGAAAUAUAGUUUCUAGAAAGUUGAAAUAUAGUUUUUAGAAAUGAUGACAUUUUGUCAAGUUCAUUUUGUUAAAUGCAUUCGUUUCAGGUUUCUGGAAAUAUGUGAAAAAUCUAAAGAUGAAUUGAUAGCUCUUGGUUUUCCUCAAUUCACAUUAGAAGAUUUUUAUGACACAGUGAGUAAAGAUCAUUGCUUUAAAUAAAAUUUAACGAUCCUAAGUGUGUCAGAUGUUAUUGAGCUAUGUUGUAGAUCAUAAAUUUGGUCUCUGCUCUAAUGGUUUCAACUAUUUAUAUCCACUUCAAAAACACAACCAAACAACUAUUUUGUAGUUUUUUUUACAUUUUUAUAAUGAAAAGUUUUUUCUUUAGUUUAUUGACAUAGUGAAACAAGUCAAGAACCCAGGCCAACUAGAGAAGCUACUGGAGACCUUCAAUGACCAGGGACUCUCGGAUUAUUUUGUUGUCUAUCUCAGGUAAGCUAUCCCCUACUUAAAAAUAUAAUACAAGGAUUAAUAAUUUUAAAAAUUGUCUGAAAUAUUGAAUAUAUCACCACUAUCUGACCUUUUAUUCGGGGGAUGGCCAGAACGUCUUCACUGCCUGCCUGCCAAGACCAAUGAGAAUAACCUUCUUAAUUAUUGUUUCUUACCUACCUCAAAGUGGAGUUUUAAAUACAAGGAUUUAUUCUCAUUUUAUGUUGCCUCAAAUCUGACUUCCUUAUUUUGCAGACUUCUGGUGUCAGGAUUUUUACAGAAAAAUGAGGAUGAUUACAUCCCUUUUAUUGAUGGUGAGAGAACAGUGAAGCAGUUCUGUAGCCAGGUGAGUGACAGGGGUUGCAGGGCCCAUGUAACGGCUCUGCGGUCUCCAAUAAGAAUCAAUUUUAUUUUCACUUGCUAGUUGCCUUUUCUUCUGUAGCUAUUGUCAAAAAUGUUUUUUGAAUUUUUAACUUAAAAGAAGACCAUAAUGAUCUGAAAGAUUCACUUAGUGAAAACACCCACAUCCAUCUGCUUCUGCUGUCAGAUUUCUCUGCCGGGUUAAUUUCUAUUCAGAAGAUUAUUUUCCAAACCACUGUUUCUUUUAUGUGGGCUGUCCAAGGGCUCUCCUGGAAAGUGAGAUUCUACAAACCUAACCAUGCAUCUGCAUUAAUUGUCACUCUGGGGAGACUAGUUUAGGCCAGAAGACUCUAUGGAUCAUUUUUAGGCAAUUGUCUGGAAAACCUCUAGCUUAUUUUCAGAUAUUCUUGUCAUUUUCUAACACCCUGAUUUAUAGAAACCUUUAAAAUGUCUGAUCUUGGACUGGAUGCUCAUGUCAGAACUAUUUCCAUCCUUAUGAAUGUCAACAUUUCUUAUGCCACACACAUCUAUCUGAAACAUUGACAAAGCACCCAAUGACCUCAAACAUUGACAAAGCACCCAAUGACCUCAAACAUGGACAAAGCACCCAAUGACCUCAAACAUGGACAAAGCACCCAAUGUCCUCAAACAUGGACAAAGCACCCAAUGACAUCAUUCAUGGACAAAGAGCUCAAUGACUUCAAACUUAGACAAAGCACCCAGUGACCUCAAAUUUAUCAAAUGUCAACACACGAUGUCAAUGAAUACAUUGUUUACCUUCCAGGAGGUGGAACCCAUGGGGAAGGAGAGUGAUCACAUCCAUGCUGUAGCACUCACCAAAGCCCUCCGUGUGCCCAUCUGUGUGGAGUACAUGGACCGUGAAGGGCAGACCUGCAACUCUUUCAUGUUUGACCCCACGGAAAGCCCAGAGGAAAGCAGCCCCAAGCCGGCGCUGACCCUCCUCUACAGGCCUGGUCACUACGAUAUACUCUACCCAUUGUGAAAUGACCAAACCUCUCUGUACUCGAUGUGAAUGUUUUUGAGCAGCCAUGAAAGCAUCCAAUGGUGAAUUCUUUUGUUGUUAAAACAACUUCUGGUGUACCAAGUGUAACACUGGGGGGGAAAAUUGUUUAGUUUCUGUACAGACUUGUCUCGGGAACUUGCUUUUGGUUGAUACGGCAAUGUCCCUAUGUAGUUAAAUCAAUGAGGAGGAACAAACUGCUCAGUUUAAUGGCUAGUUUCUACAAGUUUUUCUAGCAUUAUCUAAUGCACAGUAGAUGGUAGACUUAUUGUGUGUCACAAUUUUUUUUCAAAAUUUGAUCUAUACUGGUGGUUUCGAAACUACAGGAAGUUGCUUGCCCUCAUUUAAUAUUUAUAAUUAAUAAUUUAAUUGCUCACCUUCAUUUGAAUAAUUACAGUUUGACAGGAAGUAAGAAAAAAGCUAACAGUUGUUUUAACUAUCCUUUCAAAAGAUCGAUAUACCCCAUAUCAACAUUGUAGGAACCACUGUCUUAGACUGAGUAUAAACUAUUUAAAUCUCACAGAAGAUCCUUUCUAUUUAAAACGUCCAAUGAAAGUCAACACCAAUACGUUCUAAAGAUAUGUUCUAAAGAAAAUGAAAACUGUAGGUAGUUCUAAACUUCAUGUUUUUCUUUGUUCACCAACCCGUAUGUGCAGCCUUUCAUUUUAUUGUUGGAUGUAUUGUUUUGGUGAUGCUUUGCUUUACCUUGAGCUGAAUAAGGUCCUGUUAUUUACAUUAUCAAUUUUUGUAUGGCUGUUUUGAAUAACUGGUGUUGACCUUUCAUAAAUAACAAUUUGAUGAUUGUUCUAAGACAAAGUUCUAAGUAUUCUAGUUACUUUUUUAAGACAUAUAUGGCUCAGAUUUUCUUAGUGUAGUUUUCUCUCUGUAAAAAUAUGAUGGAUUCUUGUUACAACAUAGUUUUGAUGUUCAAAUUGAUGCGUCCGUAAUAAAAUAAUUAUCUUCUGAUAGAAUUAAACAUUUUGGUUAUCUUAUUCUCUAUAAGCUUUGGAAGAUUGGCAUUAAAUAUUUAACUUUGAAAAGAAAAAUUCUUUACUUGAUUCAAUUCACAUUUUGAUGCACACACAUUAAGAGUCCAUUAUUUUCUGAUUAGAAAUAUAGUUUUUUUGACCUGUGUGUUGUUGCAUCAAAGAAUGUGAAACUAUAUGACCUGUAUGUUGCUGUAUCAAUGUGAAACUAUGUGACCUGUGUGCUGCAAUAUCAGAGAAUGUGAAACUAUGUGACCUGGGUGCUGCAAUAUCAGAGAAUGUGAAACUGUCACCUUUGUGUUGCUGUAUCAAAGAAUGUAAUUGUGAAACUAUGUGACCUGCGUGUUGCCCUAUCAUUGCAAAACUAUGUGACCUGUCUGUUGCCCUAUCAAUGUGAAACUAUGUGACCUUUCUGUUGCCCCAUGAGAGAAUGUGAAACUAUGUAACGUAUGUAUUGCUGUAUGAUAGUAUGUAAAACGAUGUGACUUGUGUGUUGCUGUAUCAGAGAAUGUGAUUGUGAAACUAUGUGGCCUGUGUGUUGCUGUAUGAUAGGAUAUAAAACUAUGUGACCUGUGUGUUGCCCUAUCAAUGUGAAACUAUGUGACGUAUGUGUUGCUGUAUGAUAGUAUGUAAAACGAUGUGACUUGUGUGUUGCUGUAUCAGAGAAUGUGAUUGUGAAACUAUGUGACCUGUUUGUUGUUGUAUCAGAGAAUGUGAUUGUGAAACCAUGUGACCUGUGUGUUGAUCGUGAACUUUUGAACUAGCAUUUGAGUAUAUGUAUCACCAUGCCAACCAUUUCAUGAUCAGACUUCGUUGCAUCUUAGUUGCAUGAUUCUUCCAUAGCCUCAUCCUUUGCUAUGUUCUGAUCAACUUAUGCUGACUAAUUGUGUUGUGUUUUGGGUCACGAACAUUGACUGUCAUUUAAUGAGAAAAACACCUUUAAAAAUCAAUUAUAAACUUUGAAUAAAAUAUUCCCUCAGUUUGAAUUUUUUUAAACGUUUUAAAGAUAUGAUAUAUGACAUGACAUAUGUCAUGGGAUGAUAUAUGUCAUAUGACAUGCUAUAUGACAUGAUAUAUAAAUAUAAUUUCUGACCUGACAUGUAGUACACAAUUUAUUUUGAGACAUUUUGCA